UCCCCGGUUCGGUUGACGAGGUUUGGCAACUGUCCCGGGAAUGUAUAGUUGACUGUUCCUAGUGGCGGUUGUGGGAUGAUUUAUUCGUUCAGAUUAGAUUUUUUUUGAACACAGUUUGAUUUAUGAGUGAUUUUGUGAAAUUCAACAGUAUUAUUUCAAUCCCUAAAUUUCAAAUUUAUAGCUCCGUCGAGCUUCCGUGACCGAUACACGAGUGCGGAAAACCAAUAUCCUCUUCGGAUAACCUUGCGACUAGGUCGUUACCAAUCAAAAAAAAGGUUCAAUAAAACCCAACAGCAUUAACAUUCUGGGGGGACAUCGAAGCUUCAGGGCAGCAGGCACCCUCAAAAAAAGCUCUGGUGGUGGUGCGGGUGGUGGAAGUGUGCUGGAAGACUUUCUCGGCAUUUUCGCAAGAUUGGCAAGUUUUGCCAGUCGGAGUGCGACGUGAUGAUCGACGACGACGAGGAUGAUUUCGAAGGAUACUUUCUUCGACCGGCCAACGAGUACAACAUCAAGGAGAAGAUCAAACUAGCCAACCAGGAGUCGUUUGCCAUUCCGACGCCACCGUCGCCCAAGUUUCUGGCCGGCGAGCGACGGGUCACGUUUCGCGAUCAGCUCGUCGAUUACGAACCGGACGAUUAUAGCGCUGGGGAGGAAGAGGAACCGGACGAAAACGGCGGUAGUGGCAGCGGGAACUUCCGGGCAGUUAACGGCGUUCUCCUCGAAGAGUCGGAAUCGUCACCGGAGUUGAACGACCGGUCACAAAGUAAAGCCACCAACGGCGCCAUGGACGAGGUGGACGAAGACAUAAUUGAGGAGCUGAGCAUAAACGAUGCCGCGGAGGAGGAGAUCGAAUCACGUGUCCGGACGACUGUCGAGGACGAUGACGAUCCAGGAGAGGAAGACUACGAGCAGGGUGAGGAAGACGAAGAAGAGGUGGAACCGGACGGUGAGGAUGGUGAGUUGGAGGAGGAAGUGACCGAGUCGAGUUUAGACACGGAGAUCCAUAAUCCGGAAACGUUGAGUGAGGACAGCAGCAGUCCGACCAAGGCCAGAGCAAGCGGAGAGGGUUCCGGGUCUGGAGAGGGGCAGGAGGUUAACUAUUCGGAGGAUUCGCAGGGCGAUGAGGACAAUUCGGAGGAACGGGCAAUCUUGAAAGAGCAGCUUAUGCGGGAAUCGCUGUCGUAUGAUCAGGAAGACGCCACGGAAGAUCAAGACGAGGAUCAGGAUGGACGGGACAGUCCGGUGCCGAGUCACCUGAAGAAUCGAUCGGCCAAGUGCCAGCGGCAGUGUUGUCGGCACAAGCAGAAGAUCGUGAACGAACGGUUGCCGUACUACAACGGGUACCACUCGGAGUAUGGCCUUUCGAAGAAAGAACUGGACUUGAAGCAGAAGCGAGUCGAGGCGAAGAAGAAGCGCUUCCAGGAGCGUCACCAGAAGAAGGUCGAGCAGCAGCAGAUUAAGGCGCAAACCAACGAGGAAGCGUUCGCCACGUGGCUGAACAAAAAGCUGAAGAGUUCGAUCAAUAAGUACCAGAACAUGUACGAUUACAAGGGAAAGAAGCAUAAAAGGAGAGUCUCGAACGAUGACAGCAUUAUGGGAGUUACAGUAAAUUGAUGUUUUUUUUUGUAAGCCAACAUUUGAAGUGAAUUUGAAUUUGUGAACACUUGUGGAAAUUUGUGCAACAUAAUACAAUAAAGUAUUCGAAUAAAUUGCA